CAGUUUUAAAAUAUCAAGGCGGUAUAAAAAGUGACUUUUGAAUUGAUGGCCAAGGAUACAGAGCUCGAAAUGAUUUGCCGAAAUAGUCCACCCGUUACACAGACCCAUGAAGAUCCCUUUCCGCAAAGGAAAAAUAAAAUUGUCUACCAUCCAACAGUGAAACAGUGGAUGUCUUUAUUGUCAGGCGCACUAAUUUUCAUACCCGGCGGCAUGAGCAUGGCCUUCGGACUCGGCUGGAAUCUGCACACCCACAUACAGACCACCAUGCAGUUGCGUUACUCCUGGUUCGUGGGCUUCAUAAUUGGAGCCCUGCUGGCAGCGCCGCUCAUAAAAAGCGUGCCGAAGCGCCUCUUUGUGUUGCUUGGCGCCUUUCUGGUCAUCAUUGGCGGCAUCAUCUUCACCAGCGUGCCGUACAACUACAGCGCCGUACUGGCAGCGCGUUACAUCAACGGCAUCGCGAUCGGCAGCACGACGCUGGCAUUUCUGGUGCACGCCAGCGAAAUAGCGGCCACCGAGAAUCGCGGCUUCUGCUUGUGGCUGGAGCAGAACAGCAUGACAGUGGGCAUUGUCAUACAAGUCGUCUACACAUCACAAUGGACGUCGCAGGUGUACUUCGCCGCCGAUCGCUUGCACGGCAUAUUUGCCAUCAUUUUCGGCGUGCUCGCCAUUUGCUUGGCGCACUUCAUUGUCGAAUCGCCGAUCUUCUUCAUCCGACAAUGUGAUGAUGCGCGCGCGCUCAAUUGUUUGCGCCAGCUGCAGCGCCCCGAAUAUGCCGCACCGCAGACGCUGCAAGUGCUAUUGCAUCAGUUGAAGACCUAUGUGGUGGAGACGGAGACGGUGGAGUGGCGCGAUACGCUGGUGCAUAGUCCAUUGCUGCGUUUGAUGCUCUAUCGCAGCAUGGUCGCGUUCGGCUUCUCGCUGCCCAUGAACGAGGCGAUGAAGGUGGCCAAUUUGGUAGUGUUGCGCGAUUAUGAAUGGCAGCCCAUAGUGUUUGUCAUACUACGCGUUGGCGGCACCUUCUCAUCGCUGUACAUGUUCGAUGUGACCGGCAGAAAGUUGGUGUCAUUGGUGGCGCUGCUGUUCACAGCGGUGCUGUCAAUCGCUAUUGGUUGCGUGUAUGUGGAUGAGCUAAGCGUGGUGAGCGAAUAUCAUAUGUCGGUCAUUUGUGUGCUUUCGCAACUCUUUCAGUUCUUUGCGGGUCUGUAUGCGCCCAGUUCGUCAGUAUAUCUGAGCGAAGCGUUUCCAAUGUCAACUAAACUGUAUUUCAUAGCUGUCUGUCUGACGUUGCAGCAAGUGAUACAUAUUAUUGUCAUUUGCACCUUCCACUUCAACACCUACUCGAUGUAUGUGUAUGCGCUGUUUGUGGGCAUAUUGAUGUUGAUCUUGUUUGUGGUCUUCGCUGUGACCAUGCCGGAGACGCGCAAGACGACGUUGGGUGAGGCGCAGUUACGCUUUAGAAAACUCUUACAUUUAAAGUGCUGUUAAAUACGAAGUAUGGU